AUGCACUGUAGGCCGUUACAGAAGCCGAGAUUUGUAAUGAAACAGCUGUUGGAACGGAACUCUUCAAUGAGCAGUGUGUCUGGCAACUUUCUGCUUGUUCCGAUUGCGGAGUGCCCCAUUCUGGACAGCGUGCCCAAUAAAAACGUCAAAAUCGUCGUUCUGGGCGCGAGCAACGUCGGCAAGACAGCUCUGAUAGUGAGGUUUCUCACCAGGAGAUUCAUUGGGGACUAUGAAGCAAACACAGGGGCUCUGUACUCAAGAAAAAUCUGUCUAGAUGGAGAACAAGUAUCUUUGCAAGUUCAGGAUACUCCCUGUGUUUCUCUACAGGACGAUGGUGAGGGGCUGCAGUGCCAGGAGCAAAUUAAUCGCUCCAUCUACUGGGCGGACGGCUACGCGCUGGUGUUCUCCAUCAGCGACCGGCGCAGCUUCAGCACGAUCACACCGCUGUACCAGCACGUGCGGCACAUCCACCCGCGCGGCAGCAUUCCCAUCAUCCUCCUGGGCAACAAGAGCGACCUGCCGCGGGCACGACAGGUGCAGCCGGCCGAGGCCGAGGCGCUGGCCGCACAGCUCGGUGGGCCGUACUUUGAGGCAUCCGCCCGAGAGGACUGCGAGGGGGUGCAGGCUGCCUUCCUGCACCUCUGCCAGGGGGUGAGUCGGGCCCUGGGGGGCGCAAGCGGGGAGAAGAGGUGGGCAGGGCUCCACCUGGGACGUCCCAAAUCGCCCAACAUGCAGGAGCUGAAGAGGAGGUUCCGCCAGGUGCUGGGCUCCAGGGUCAAGGCUGCUACCCCACUGUGAUGUCAUCACCGGCAACUGACCAAUCAGUGGACACGAGCUCUUGCAGGAGGCAGGUGCAGGUUGCAGAGGAGAUGCUCAUUGGACGAUGAGCUGGCAUGGAACCGGUCACACCCUCAGUGCUUUCUGAAGAGUGACGGCUGAUGUAGGUUAGACACGGGUUCACUGACCAGGAGACAGAGAGAAACUGUUAUAAACCUGUGACCCUCUGAGUACAUUCAUUUAUCUCUGAUGCAUCAAGAGAGAAUGUCAAAAAUCAGACUCAGUUUCCUUAAAUAAUAACCACAGAUUAUGUA